UGGGGAAGUAGGUAGAAAGGAUGGUUUCUAAGUUGGGUUGUUGAAUGUCAAUUUGAAAAUUGGAAUGUCACGAAAUUUUUUUGUAGUAGUAAUUUAUUUUAAAAAUAUGAAAAAGAAUUAUAAAACUGACAAUAUAUCACAUAUUGAAUAAACAAAUUUAUCGAACCAAAUACAUAUCGUUAAAAGUAGUAAAAUACAAAAUGGUCAUGGAAAACAGUCGUAAUUGUUCCCGGAAAGAAACCCAAACAUAAACUGAAGAUAGAAGAAUAGAAACAGAAAAUUCAUUGAAUAUAAACAGUUAUCCAAAACGAAUAAAACAAAACAGCUGUCGGGAGCCGGCUUCAGCUCACUCAACUCGGCUCGCGGUUGCCGCAGUUUGCGAGUACAAGCCCAAAAGCUAACAGAAAACGAAAUAGAAGUAUCAGAGAAAAUAGUCGUGUUCAGAUGUCGGGAGAAUGUGUAUGCGAACUUGCGAACCUGAAAAUCGUCAGUGGUAAAAGGCGCGUCAUGUCCAUGUGAUUAAAACAAUACCAAAUUUUAGUGUUAAUAUUUGCGAAAUUCGGUAUUAUUUUGCAUGACACGAAUACUAUGGUUUAAAACGAUUCGAAAAUGACUGAAAACCACAAAAUAAUUGCACCAUUGGUGACAAUUUCUGAGGUAGCACCAAGCGUGGAAAGUUUACGAGAUUCACCGGUCGAAAAUGAGGAUUUCAAGGAUUCAAAGUUACGAAUUGACCAUAUUUUCCAAAGACGAGAGUCGAUUUUGUCAUCUGAAAUCAGUCUUUUUGUGGAAAAAACCAGUCAAAAAAUUCCCGACGGAGGAUGGGGUUGGUUAGUAGUUCUGGCUGCUUUUAUUAUUAACAUGUUGUCUGAUGGAGUCGGUUUCACAUUUGGAUUGCUGUAUAUAGAAUUUUUGAAUGAAUUCGGUGCUUCCAAAUCGGCGACGUCAUGGAUUGGGAGUUUAUUCAUGGCUCUUCCUUUAAUUGCAGGUCCCAUCGGUAGUGCAUUAGUAGACAAAUAUGGUUGCAGAUCAAUGACUAUCAUCGGAGGUAUCGUUUGUACCUUAGGCCUCACUCUGAGCUCCUAUGCCAGAUCAAUAGGGGUCAUGUACUUAACUUUCGGGGUCAUAGGAGGACUAGGAUUGACUCUCUGCUUCGUGACAGCGGUCGUAUCCAUCGCAUUUUGGUUUGAGAAAAAUAGAACCAUAGCACUGGGUCUAGCUGCAAGUGGUACCGGAUUUGGUACUGCUAUUUACUCGCCUCUGGCAACAUGGUUUCUAUUCGAAUUUGGUUGGAGAGGUACGCUGUUGAUAACUGCAGGUCUUUUUGCUAAUAUGUGUGUAUGUGGAGCUUUGAUGAGGGAUCCAGACUGGAUUAUACAGGAAGAAAAGAAAGAAAAGAAGUUAAAAAGGGAGAAAAGACGACGAAAAUCUAGUGCCUCGUCCAUCGACACCGAACAACUUGAAGAAAUAAAACACGCUCUAGAAGGAGGAGGUGAUACACUUUUCUUAUUAGAAGACGUGGACGCCACAUUGGAUUUGUCUGACAAGGAUAGAUUUAAGUCAGUCGUAGAUCUGCCUACUUUUGUUAGACAAAAUGAAGAAGUGCCUUUAGAAGUUUUAAAGCAAUUAAGUCAAAAUAAACAAAUUUAUAGUAUUAUAGUAGACAAUUAUCCAAAUAUACUAUCUGCUCGUAGUUCUUCCGAACAAAGAUUGAAUGCAGCAAACGCCCCAAAUCAUCAUACUUCUAGAGUACCAGUAAGAUUUUUCAUGAAGUUGAAAAAAACUGAAGAAACAACGGAACCAGAUGAAAUAAAUAAUAUACACAAUGAACAUGAAACGAAACUAAAUAUUCCAGAAAUCGAAAUAUCAGCUGCACAAAACGAAGUAACGCAGAUGUUAGAUGAAAAACCAGAGCUCAAUCCUCAAGUUGUUACUACUAACCCAAGUAGAGGCAUUCAACUUCUUAGAAGUCUCUCCGUAAAAGCAAAAACCCAAAUACAACCACAAUCGUAUCUUAAAAAUAUAAGAUUUAGAAAGAAUUCUAUUGGUUACAGAGGAGCGAUGUUGAACAUUCAUAAGUAUAAAAUGAAAGCAUCAAGUUGCCCGGACAUCUAUAAAAAUUCAACGGCAACGUUGUUCAGGGAAGAAGAGAAUUGGUAUGACGAGUUUUUGGGUAUUUUAAAAGACUUAACCAACUUUUCGUUAUUCUUGAACUUACAUUUUCUGAUAUUAUCAAUAUCCACCGUCAUAUUGGACAUAUGGUUCGUGGUACCGUAUUUUUAUUUGGCUGAGCACAUGACGAGGAAUAACUACACCGAUUCACAAGCUUCAUUGGCAAUUUCGGUAAUUGGGAUUACAAACACUAUUGGAAUGGUAAUUCUUGGAAUAGUUGGAGACAAACUGAAUAUAGCGAAAACUUACGCAAUCUGUCUUAUUCUUUGUGGAGUGACCAUUGCUGGAAUGAUAUUUUUCACAUCAAAUUAUUAUUUGUUAUUGACCAGCGGGGGAUUUUUCGGAUUGUUUUUCGCAAGUUCGAUGUGUUUAACGCCGUCUCUACUAGCUGAACUAGUAUCUUUAGAUGAUUUUACUAUGGCAUAUGGGCUACUUUUGCUCUCACAAGGAAUUGGCAAUCUUGUUGGGCCACCAUUAGCAGGUUGGAUUUUCGAUUUGACCCACUCUUGGGAGCAGUCGUUCUACCAAGCAUCUUUUUGGAUAGUAAUUUCAGGAUUUUUUAUAGCAAUAAUACCAUUUACGAAAAACAGGACGCUUUUUUCUAAGAAAUAAUUUUUUUAUACUUUUAUAUAUUCUUUAUGUAUACUUUAAAAUAAAAACUGCGUGAGUAAUUGUUUGUUUAUUUGCGUAGAUUUAAAUAAUAUUAACACUGAAACUGGUAUGAGAACAGAAAAAAAACACUGAAAUGGCUUGAGAACAAAAAUAUUACUAAUGAUUGUACAUAUUGCUCCAUCUAGAAAACUCGAUGGAAUUAUUUUAAAUAAGGUUACCAAAUGAGAUUUUUUUAAUAUUUAAUUUAAACAUUUAUUUUUAUUUUUCAAUAAUAUCCUCAAAUAAAUCAACAUAAUUCAUAUUAAACUAGAAAUUAAACAUCAGCGUCAGUCACCCUAACUUAUCCAGCAACUUCUGCAACAAAUUAUUCUGUAACUUCAUUUGCUUAAUAAUUUCAUUCUGUUGUUCCAUCCUGGUCUCUUCUAAUUCUAAAGUCUGGCA